GGGAAUGACCUUUCCGGGUGCAGUUUCUUUGUUUUUUCUUCGGGAUCAUUGCAACUCAUUCCCUAGCCAGCAAAAAGGGGGGGCGGUUCGGCCAGCGCCAUGCGAAGCCGCCUGAGAUGCCGGCGCAGCAUUGGUCCGCGGCACUCCCUGGUGGCCAGCCCGGAGGAAGCGCCUGGAGAUCUGAAGGGCCUGCCGGAGGAGCUGAUGAGGCGCCUCCCCGCGGUGUCCUCGGAGAAGGAGCUGCGAGAGGCCGCCGCGGAGGUGGUCCAAGCUGCGCUGCAGCUGGUGGACCACAGGCACUUGAUCAAGGAUUUGGAUCGCAUUUGGCCAACCACUCGGGCAUGCCAACAGAUGGGCUCAGCCGAGGUGCUGACGCUGACCUCUGCCUUGAAGCAGGCCCUGGCCUGCCAGAUCCGAGACCUGGAAUCUGGAUGCCUGCCGCGAAGGAAGGUGCUGGCUCUCUUUAACUUCAUUGCGGAGCUGUGCUGGGCCAACUACGUUUCACCCUCCGAGCACUCCAUUCAUUCUGCCAUGCGACUGCUUCUGGAUACCGCCUUCAGCGGUGUCGGCAUCAACGAUCCCGCGGCCUGGUAUGUGGAAGCCUGCGCCUACUUCCUCGCAAAAGUGGGGGAGAUCAUGGCGCUGAACCCCCUGGAAGUCUUCAAUGUCCUGGACCCCUUGUCCGCGCGUGUGGGAUGCCUCGCCAGGAACUUGCCCAGACGAACACAGCACUUCGUUUGGGUCCUCCUUCGGCGGAGGCACCGCCUUUGGCGAGGAGCGUUAUAUCUGUCGGUCAGCCAGAGCUAUUGGCAGGACCGGGCUCGGUCUCGCUUGGUCUUCAUGGCCCACUCCAAGGGCGACCCCCGGAGCUGUGCGCUGGCAGCUGUCCCCCGCCCGGCCUGCGAGAGCAUCAUGAACUUUGUCUGCGAGCGCUGCCCUCUGGAUGCAGUGGAGGUCACCUGGACCAUACCCGAGGAGCCGGAAAUGCCUGCAACAGAUGACUGGCUGGCAGACUUCGUCAGCUCGAUGCCUGCAAGCCCCAAGGCGAGAGAAGGUAGCGAGUGCAGCGAAGCCACCUCACCACUUUCGCCAAUAGCAGAUGAGUGACAGGCCCCGGCGCUCGGAUUGCACUGCGUGCAUGGCUGAGAAGAACAACUCCAAGUCGCCCAGAAACCCUGAGUGAACAAGGGA